CACCCGCCCACCUUCGCUCUCCCUCGCGCAGUCUUCCGCUCCCGACACCAGAAGAGAGAGAGAGGGAGAGAGAAGGUUUGGAGAGACCGGAGGGGUGUGUCUGUGUACGUGGCAGAAGGGGGGCAGAGGCCGUUGCUGAAGGAGAGCGGCGACUAUGGCUGAUCAGGAGGACGGCGGCCAGGAUCUCCCUCAGAUCCCAGCCGAUCCCCAGGCCGCCGGCCCUCAGAUCCCGCAAGCUGUGGAAGACCCCGGGACUUCUCUGUGCGGUCUCCUCUCGGAGAUCUCUGGCUCCGGCGACUUCAGGUUCCCAGUGAAGAAGGAAAGUGCAAACCUCUCCCGGCGGCUCACACUGCUCUCUCCAUUUUUCGAGGAGCUCAAGGAAGCGGGACCAACCGUCUCCGGCAAUGCUGCCGCCUUGCUCUCUUCCCUCGCCGACGCCCUCAAGGCAGCCAAGCGUCUCCUUCAUACCUGCCGCUCCGCCGGAAAGAUCUGGCUGGUUAUGGAGGCAAAACAGGUUGCUGAUGAGUUUCAUGAGGUAACGUCUCAGUUAGUUCAUGCUCUUGGAUGCUUGCCAUUCGAUCAGCUUGAAAUAUCUGAUGAAGUUAGAGAACAGGUGGAGCUUGUUCAUGCACAACUAAGAAGAGCCAAAGAUAGGAGCUAUAGUUUCCCAGACGAAGAACUUCUUCUUGAUCUUCAGACCACGUUAAGUGACUCUGAAGAUAAUGUCGAGAUGCUCAAGAGGGUUGCACAAAAGUUACAGCUUACAAAUGUAAAUGAAAUUGAGCAGGAGUUUCAAGCUUUGCAGGUUGCUGUCACGGAGAAUUCCAAUAGUGACAGGACGGGGGAUUAUAAUGUGGAACAAAUGGUAAAUAUAUUGGAGAGAUUAAAGAAAUUUGUUGUUUCAGAUGACCAUCCUAAAGAUGAAGUUGUUGGUGCAAAGAAUGAACCUGUGGAUGAGAAGAAACCAGAAUCUCUGGUUAUACCAGAUGACUUCCGUUGUCCUAUAUCUCUGGAGUUGAUGAGGGACCCCGUAAUUGUUGCCACUGGGCAGACUUACGAGAGGUCUUGCAUCCAGAGAUGGAUUGACUCGGGCCACAAAACUUGCCCGAAGACUCAACAGACUCUACCUCACUUAGUGUUGACUCCAAACUAUGUCUUGAGAAGCUUGAUAUCACACUGGUGCGAAACAAAUGGAAUUGAGCAGCCUAAGAAAUCUGGCAGUAGCAAGUCAAAGAAAUCCGGUGGGCUUGCACAGGAAGUGCCAGCAGACAGGGUUGCAAUUGAUGCUCUGGUCUGGAAGUUGUCUAAUGGUACCCCAGAGGAACAAAGAUUUGCCACGGGUGAAUUACGCAUGCUGUCAAAGAGGAACACAGAUAACAGGGUGUGCAUUGCCGAGGCUGGUGCCAUCCCAAUUCUUGUUAAACUGUUAUCUACGAAUGACAAGAAAACUCAAGAGCAUGCUGUCACGGCAAUUUUGAAUCUCUCCAUCUAUGACAACAACAAAGGAGCAAUAGUGAUGGCAGGGGCAAUUCCUGACGUGGUUGAGGUUCUCAAGUCAGGCAGCAUGGAGUCCCGAGAAAAUGCAGCGGCAACACUUUUCAGCCUGUCACUUGUUGAUGAAAACAAGAUAACCAUAGGAGCAUCGGGAGCAAUAUCUGCACUCGUUGAAUUGCUCCAAGAAGGUAGACCGCGAGGUAAGAAAGAUGCAGCAACUGCGCUCUUCAACCUAUGCAUCUACCAAGGCAACAAAGCCAGGGCAGUGAGAGCUGGCAUUUUAGCACCACUGAUGGAGCUGCUUGUGGAUCCCAGCAGUGGUAUGGUGGAUGAAGCUCUUGCAAUACUUGCCGUUCUUGCGAGCCACCAUGAGGGUAAAAUAGCUAUUGGCAAAGCCAAUGCAAUACCGCUCUUGGUGGACCUGAUUCGGAGUGGGCUUCCACGUAACAAGGAGAAUGCUGCUGCCAUUCUUCUUUCCUUGUGCAAGAAGGACGUGGAACAUCUUUUCACUGUGCAGAGACUGGGUGCUUUUGUACCACUGACCGAGCUGGUUAAGAAUGGCACAGAGAGAGCAAAGCGCAAGGCAGCUUCUCUGCUAGAGCAUUUGAGUAAGCUGGACCAACUGCAGUCCAGCAAGCAAUGACCAGGGGAACCAAAAGCACUGGAUCUUGGUCUAUUGUAUGUGAAUCGCCUGUUGCUGCUCGGACGAAAUCACUCAACUCCCAGAGAAGAUUGUUUUUUUGUUCUUCUCUUUUUUACCUUUUUCUUGUUUUGCUUAUUUUCUCAUUGUUGUCCUUAAUUUAUUUGUAAUGUAAUUGGGUGGCCUGGUGUGAGAUGGAAGAAGAUGGCCUCCCCGGUUCACGUCAACAUUUUAGGGGCGUCGUUAGGGUGUGGUUCACUAGCCAUUCGUUUGUAAGAAGGGGGUUUUGUGCUUUUGGUCAGGAGAAUGUUGGGGUGGCAGCAACAUUGCUGUAUUUGUAUUCUUACCAAUUGAACAUCAAUUUAGUUAACUGGAUCGCCGCUGCCUUUCCUUGCAGCAUUGAUUGAUCGGUCUCAUUUUCUGCU